CUCAUUUUGGCUCGGCCAGCUCGCGAUGGCCAAGCUCAAGCGGAAGCGCGAGGACGACUUCCCCGAGACGAGCGACCCAUAUGGAGUCCAUCUGCCCAUCUGCCCAAAGGAAGCCCACCGCAGCAUGCAGACGACGACGACGACAGGGAAGAAGCGCGGGCCUCGCCCGGCCACCAACUGCAACGAGAACCCCAACUGCAUCUUUGGUCUCGGCGAGUACAUGGAGGGGAUCUGGAAGACCCACCCGGCCGUGCUGGACGCGCUCGGCGACAAUCCCUCCCUCGCGGUCCGGACGCGGGUGACAGCGGACGGGCCAAGCACCCCAUGCGGCUUGCGUAACCUCGGCGCAACAUGCUACGUCAACAGCAUGGUCCAAGUCCUCUUCAUGGAUCUCGCGUUCCGCCGGGCCGUGCACGAGUGGAAGCCCAACGACCGGAGUCAUGUCGACGUCGGUCGGCUCGGGCAGAUGCAGGCCCUCCAGCGCCUCUUUGCGAGCAUGCAGUUCAGCGCCAAGUCUUUUGCCGACCCGCAAGCGUUCUCGGGUACAUUGAGCCUCAACGAAGACAUUCAGCAGGACGCCCAUGAAUUUACAAAGCUGCUCUUGACCCACCUCGAGUCCAUCUUUGCCUUCUCUUCGGACGAGCGCCAGCGCAGCUUCAUCAACGAGCAUUUUCGCGGGCGCAUGCAGAACGUCACGACGUGCUUACGGUGCAACAUGGCGUCCAAUCGGACAGAGGCCUUUAGCGACCUUAGUCUCGGCAUUCGAGGCCACGCCACCGUGCGCGACUCGUUGGAGGCGUUCUUGGCGCCCGAGCUGCUCGAAGGAGACAACAUGUACUUUUGCGGCCACUGCCAAAGCAAGCAACGAGCGACGCGCCAGAUCCAGCUGGAUUACAAUGCGCUGCCGCCGACGCUGUCGCUGCACUUUAUGCGGUUUGUGUACGACGUCCGGCUCCAGGCCAAGAAGAAGGUCCAGGACGCAAUCGCAAUGAGCGAGACGCUGGUGCUGGGGCCACACGAGUACAAACUCACGGCCGUGCUCAACCACAAGGGGACGACGGCGCAUGCAGGCCACUACACGGCGACGGUCUUUAGCCCCGACGUUGGCCAGUGGUGUUGCUUCAACGAUGUGGACGUCUCGCUUGUCGAUGCGAGCGCCGUCGUCGGGCCCUCCAAAGAGGCGUACAUGCUCAUCUACUCGCGCGUCAUGACGCCUGUGGCACCGGCCGACGCGAUUCCGUUUGCCAUCGACGUCGAGACAAGCAACGCGCAGUUUGCUCGGGAGCAAGACGCGUGGAAAGCCGAGGCCAAGGCCAUCCAAAGCAAGAUUGACGAGCGCAAAAAGAUGUACCGGCGGUCGUUUGAGGCGUUUGCACCCGUCCCUAAUGCGGACGCAGAGGCCUAUGCGUGGGUCGCGACCGACUACAUCCGGCACUGGGUCCAAGGCGCCGACAUUGGAUUGAGCAGCGAGGUCGGGUUUGCUUUUGAUGCAGCUGCCUCGUUGUGCGAGCACGGAAAGUUGCAGCCCGCUCUCGCGCGUCUGCACUACAAGCGGGUGUCCCCUCGCGUCGUGUCGGCGCUGGCGCCUCCGCCGGAAGCAGUCGUGUCCAGUGCCACGUUUGGGUGCAACGACUGCAUGGAGGCGUGGAAGACGACGACGCUGCAGCUGCACAACGAUACGCAAGGGGUCCUGGACCAACUGUCGCAACUCCAAGCGACCGAUCAGGACGGCGUUGCGUACGUCAUGAGUCGCAAGUGGAUCAACGCGUGGAAGAUCUGCGUGCAGCACGGUGUGAAGAAGGUCAAGACCAAGCCAGAGAAGCUCGACGAGGCAGAAACCAUCCUCAAGAGCCCGAUCAACGCCGACAUUGUGUGCCCGCACGGCGCGCUGCGGCCCAACACGCGCAAACAGUGGCGCACCAUCUCGCCGGUCUCGUGGGCGUACUUUUCGCGCGAGAACAUGGUCGCACUCGAGCUCGAGGCGACGGGCGGCGAGUGCGACGAGUGCGCGGCCGUCGCGUCCACCUUGGAGGAGUACCACGCCCAAGCGCAGACAACGCGCGACGAGGUGCUGCGCGCGAACCCGAUGCUCAAGACGCUCUACAAGCGUCGACUCGCGCACCCAUUUGACGAUGCAAUGGACGAGAUGUCGUGCGACGUCCCGUACGUGGUCCUGCCGCGGCCGUGGCUCCAGCAGUGGCGCAAGUACUUUGACGACAUGAACGUCGACGAACCGCCGCCGCUGGACCUUGCAGCGUUUCAGUGCGCGCACGGCAAGUACCUCGUGCCGCACAACAUCAAGCACGUCAUGCUGCCGACGUCCGUGCCGGCCACGCGCCAUACUACCGAGAAUGACGGCGAGCUCGUCACUGUCGACGAGUGGAUGCGACUCUUUGCCCUCUACGGCGGUGUCGACACACCGUUUGUGACAUUGAAGACGGACCACGCGGUCGUCUAUGGCACGCUGCAAAGCAUGGCGGGUGACGACGUCGAGAUGGAUUUCGUGCACCGAGUCGAGCUCUGCUCGGUGUGCGAAGCCGCGCGCGACGACGAGCAUCGCAACUUUCAGAUGGGCGUCGUGCAUGUCGAGGUGCUCGGCCCGGACGACCCUGUCCCGUCCAAGGCGCCCAAUGCGAGCGCCUCGCUCUCCAAGCGGCGUCGGUCGAACCGAAAAAGCCGCAAGCAGCGCGACACGCUACACGUCGAGUGCAACGCGGACGACACGGUCCUUCUCUUCAAGCACAAGAUCCUCGAACACUGCGACAUUGACCCGAACCACCAAGUGCUCUACUUCAAAGGCGUCCUCUUGGAGAACGAUUCGAGUCUCAAGGCGGCGGGGGUCGAAGUGCAUGACACGGUCUUUAUGCAGGCGCUCGAUGGCGAGCUCAGCGACGCGGACGCGAUUCUUGUCACUGGCCCGACCACCGAGCAGGAGCAAGGUUUUCGCUCCACGGCGUUCCAUGCUGGACCGUCGACCGCCGCUGUCCAGCUCGUGUGGGUCUGCGCGCAGUGCACGUUUGUCAACGACGCCGACCUCGUCGCCUGCGAAGUGUGCGACGCGCCCCAGGAAUGACGAUGAUGCAAUCUUAUUCUUAUCCCAGUGCAGUCUCAGAGCGCAAUGCCGUUCUCGGCGCACCACUUCUUCAUGAUGCGC